AAAGCCAAAAGAAAAAAUGCAAUUGGAGGAAUUGGAUAAUCAUUAUUUUUGUUUUUUCGUGCUUAUCCGUUGUAGCAGGAUUGAUUGUCCAAAAUGAAUAUGGUUCGAAAAAGGAAACUCCAGAUGAUCCACCUACUCAAUCUCUGAUUGUGGAUAAAUGUGAAAAUGAUAUAUCUACUGCAACGGUUGGAGAACAAAUAUGUAUUCCUUACACACAACAGUUUACUAGCAACCCGUCAGGUAUACAGGUGAAACAAGUGUCAUCGCAAUACUUCAGUGCACUUUCAAGUUUUUACAUCAAUGUGUCAGCCGAUACGGUUUCCCAAAAAAAAGAAGAUUGGAUAAUUAACUACAACAUUUCAAGACCUGACCAACCAUUGCGUUUCAUGAAGGAAAAUGCAACAUGUGACAGUAUUGGUAUUUACGAAAUUACUAUAGAAUAUGAGGAUGGAAAUGUAACAUCCUUCAAAUUUGAAAUCAGUUUUGGAGAUCCACAGCUAGAGCAAAGCGUAACUCGACUUAAUGACAAAGUUUAUGUCCAUUGUGAAAUGAAAAAAACGUGCAUGGCCAGUUCUUUAGCAUUGUUUGUAAACGAUGGGGCAUCGUCACGUUUGAUACCUGAUAUAGAUGUAUGUAGCUUUACUGAUAAGAACAGUGGUACCACAGUCUCAGCUGACGCGAUCCUUCAUGUUUCGCAGUUAUCGGAAAAUCAUACGAUAUCCUGUGUUCCACUAAUGACGAAUAUGGAACUUUCUGCAAACCUGACAUCAACUUCCGGUAUACCUGUAUGUGAAGGUGAUUGUGUACCUGAUUGCAAGGAUGAUCCACAAGGCGAAGCAUACUUUCCAGACAAAAAUGACUGUUCUAAGUUUCACCAAUGUUCGAACGGACAACUUGUGUCUCAAUCCUGCUCACCAUCAACAUACUGGUCAACUAGAAAAUGCACGUGUCUUCAUUUUGAUGAUGACAUUUGUAAUAGAGACACUAAAAGAUUCUUAAGUCCUCUUUUGUCCGUCGAAAAAUGCACCAAUGCAUCGCUUGUGUAGUGAAAUUUUAGGAAAAAAAGGGUGACUAGGGAAACGAAAUAUGGUCACUGGGUCUUCUUCCGACCGGCAGUAAAACGCUUGCCGAAGUGGGGUGUGCACUUAGUUUGCAGGAUAUAUCAAGUUCGCAGUCACGUCCGGUCAGAAUGGGGAUGUUUAAUCCGAUAUCUCGUGUUAAAUGAGUGCCACCCUUUGCACAUUAAGACCCUUGCAGCAACCCUAUGAGGGGUUUGUAGGUGGCAUAUUGCACGGCAAAAUUUCUGACCCUAUCCAAUAUAACCUCAUUUUCCAGUGGCAGUCCAAAUUUUUCCCGAACAUCAUCUCGAAAUGCUUCUAUUAUGACAAGACCUACCUAUUGUAUUUAUUGUUAACUUGUUCUCAUCCUUAAUAUGCAUAAAAUAUUUGCCACUGGACGUUAAACAACUAACAAUCACUCAAGCAAUUAGAAACAAAUAUAUCAAAUAAUAUAGGUUCAUUUCUUCGUUAAUAUCAAUUUUCUUAAGUUACCAUAAUGAUUAUGUUCGAGUCCCUGCAUUGGACACGGCGAGAUAAGUGAAAGUAUUUAAGUCCACGGUACUAGGGCAUCGGGUUUCUAUGCAUGUUGCACCUUAAAAUUUAAAUGCACUUUUUUCAAACAAAUAUGAAUAUUUCACAAAAUGUGUACAUGUACAAUUCCGAGAGAAGACGAUUAUAUUCACUACAUUUCCGAAUUUACAAGUAUUAUACAAAAAUACUUAAAAGUAAAUAUAUUCUAGAAUGUGAUAAAUGAACUUAUUAAUGUAUUUGAUUAAUUACAUAAAUGGUAUCUGUAUAGUAAUACUGUGAAAGAUACGAUUUGUUUUGAUGAGUGACUGCUGAAUGUAUAGUAAUUAUGUUUUUGUUAUAUGAAUGAUGUGUGUAUAGUAGUAUUGAUAAAGAUACUAUUUGUUUUGAUGAAUGACUGCUGAAUGUAUAGUAAUUCUGUUUUUGUUAUAUGAAUGGUGUCUGUUUAGUAGUAAUGGGAAUGAAACUUUCCUGUUUUGUUUUAUGAAUAGUUUAUGUAUAGUAAUACUUUGAAUGAUAUAAUUGGUUUAAUGUGUUUGCCCCUUGAUGACAUAUUCGUAUAUAAGAUGAUAAUUUGAUGCUUUAUAUAACUUUGUAGUUGUAAAGAUGUAUUACACAAGAAAUAAACUACCAUUUACUUUCAAAUUGGAUGCCGGUCCAUAAAUAUUCAUUAUUGCAUGAUGUUUUAUAUGACAAACUGAAGUUUCAUAUUGAAAUCUCAUUAUUCAAAUCAUUUAUUAUAAUAACAUAAAACAAUGCACUUUGUCUUA